CCGCACGACACUGCGUGCGCGCGCACGCGGGCGGACGGCGGCGCUGUUUACGGCGGUAGCGUCAGUGCGUGUUGCUCGCGCUUGUCUGCAGUUCACACGUGGCUGUGUCGGAGGCGCGUUGUAGCUUCUGCCGCCGCUGCCUUUCCCACUACCAGGAUGAAGCGACCGAAGUUAAAGAAAGCAAGUAAACGCAUGACCUGCCAUAAGCGGUAUAAAAUCCAAAAAAAGGUUCGAGAGCACCAUCGAAAAUUGAGGAAGGAGGCCAAAAAACAGGGUCGCAAAAAGCCUAGAAAAGACCCAGGAGUUCCAAACAGUGCUCCCUUUAAAGAGGCUCUUCUUCGGGAAGCUGAGCUAAGGAAACAGCGACUUGAAGAACUAAAACAGCAGCAGAAACUCGAUAGGCAGAAAGAACAGGAAAAGAAAAGGAAACUUGAAACUAACCCUGGUGUUAAGGCAUCUAACUUGGAACCUGUGAAUGAGGAAUUUGGGCAGCGUAAAGCUAAGAACAAAGCCAAGGCAGGCAAACAGAAUCCAAAGAAGUUGUAUUGUCAGGAACUUAAAAAGGUGAUUGAAGCCUCAGAUGUUGUGCUGGAGGUGUUGGAUGCCAGAGAUCCUCUUGGUUGCAGGUGUCCCCAGGUAGAAGAGGCCAUUGUCCAGGGUGGACAGAAAAAGCUGGUACUUGUAUUAAAUAAAUCAGAUUUGGUACCAAAGGAGAAUUUGGAGAACUGGCUAAAUUAUUUGAAGAAGGAAUUACCAACAGUGGUGUUCAGAGCCUCAACAAAUCUGAAGGACAAGGGCAAGAUAAUAAAGCAUUUGAAGUUAAAGAAGAGAGCUCCAUUCAAAAAUGAAGUCUGUGUUGGGAAAGAAGGCCUUUGGAAGCUUCUUAGAAGUUUUCAGGAGACUUACGGCAAAGCCAUUCGGGUUGGAGUAAUUGGUUUCCCAAAUGUGGGGAAAAGCAGCAUCAUCAACACCUUGAAACAAGAACGGAUAUGUAAUGUUGGUGUAUCCAUGGGGCUGACAAGGUGCAUGCAGGUUGUCACCUUGGACAAACAGAUCACAGUCAUAGACAGUCCAAGCUGCAUCGUGUCUCCGCUUAACUCUGCCAGCACACUUGCUCUGAGGAGUCCAGCGAGUAUUGAAAUGGUGAAACCAGUAGAGGCCGCUAGCGCCAUCUUGUCCCAGGCUGAUGCUCGACAGGUAGUACUGAAAUUUACUGUCCCAGACUUUAAGAAUCCUCUGGAGUUUUUUACAUUGCUUGCUCAGAGAAGAGGACUGCACCAAAAAGGUGGAAGCCCAAAUGUAGAAGGUGCAGCCAAACUGAUGUGGUCUGAGUGGACAGGUGCCUCCUUAGGUUAUUAUUGCCAUCCCCCUACAUCCUGGACUCCUCCUCCACAUUUUAAUGAGGGCAUCAUGACAGACAUGAAACAGGGCUUUAAUCUGGAAGAAUUGGAAAAGAACAAUGCACACAGCAUACACAGCAUCAGGGGCCCUCGUUCAGCCAGGAGCAUCCUUUUCCAGUCUUCAGGUCUAACAAAUGGAAUAAUAGAAGAAAAGGACAUUUCUGAAGAACUGCCAAGACAGAAAGAGAAACAGCAGGAGGAGGGGGAGGACCACAACGACCUUGACAGUGACCAGGAAAGUGUUGAUGAAGAAGCUGAUGAAGAGAGCUUAGCCAUGGUCCCGGCAGAAGAGACGUGGGCACUGCCUGAGGAGUCUCAAGCAGGGAUGUGUUUAUGAUACAAUCACAUGGAAAAACCUCUCGUGCAGUUUUUAUGUGGUAUGAUCUCAAUUGUAUAGAAGUAUACACAUAUGGAAAAAAACAUUCCUGGAUUGGCAGCUGGCCUGUUCUAGAGCAUCCUCUAGAAGCAGAAUCAUCAGGCAAGCAGAGCUCACCGGAGAUGGUCUGCUGUACCAUUGAGCGUAACAAUGUAAAACAUCACAUUGGAGCGAGUGUUGUGCUGAAUGCUGUUUAUGGCUGCAAUGGCCCCCCCGAGCCUAUCUUCAGAUGCAGCGAUGACCACAGGAAUCUCCUCUUGUCUCCCGUCUACAGCUUGUCGGGGAACAUUUGGGACAAAGUCUAUGGGCUGAAACCCCACAAUUCCUGAAUCUGCAAAGAACACACACAAGGAAAAUAUUGUGAUACAAAACCUCAUAAGCUCUUGCUCUAGAGCCCAAGACAUGAUAAGAGGUAAGGUGAGGAUUAUACUUACUUCAUUCUCCCCCCAUUACAACAUGAGGCAUAUAGCUCAGAAGCUCUGUGUUUUCCUAUGUGUGACAAGGCUUUUGGAAAAGUAGAAACAUUAAAAAAAAUAUUGGUGGACUGAAUUCUGAUACAUUACUGGUGGGAAUACAAUAGAAUCUUUCCAGAAUGUCUUUUUAGCAAUUUGUAUCAAGAACCUUAAACAGGUACAUGAUCUCUGACCCAGUAAUUCCCCUUGCCUCUCUUAAGUACAAAUCUGAGAGGUAAUCCAAAGUCACAAGUGUGUUUAUAAUUGUGAAAACCUAGAAACCGACUAAACCAUUUUUUUUCAAACCAUGAACUAUGUCCCAUAAAUAGGCAUGAAAUCAAUUUAGUGGGUCACAAUCAGAAUUUGAGUAGAAAAGCAAUUCCUGAAUUGGAACAGAGCACCAAAUCAGAAAAGUAUCAGACCACACACCACACACAGCAAUUCUAAGUACUGUUUUGUAAACGUUCCUUUUUGCCUUUUACAAUAUAUAUUCAUUCAUUUACAUUCAUUGGACACUGAGCAUCUAAUAUGUGCUAGGCAUUGGGGUCAUAGCCAUAAGUAAAACACAAAUCUCUACCACCAUGAAGGGUAGAUGGACAAUAAGCAAAUACACAUGUAUAUUUGGGUGCUAUCUAUAACAUGUUUCUUAUUGUGGGGAUGCCAUCAAAAAAAGGCUGAGUCACAUUGUUCCAAGACUAUUUUUCCUGUGGAAAACAAACUAUGUGGCAUUAAAAUUAUAUAUGAAGAAUAUCUACCAUCACGGUGACUUGCUUCAGAUAUAAUCACGUGGAAAAACAGGUCAUUGCAGUUUAUAUAUUACAUAAUCUCAUGACAGAAAAAAUACAUACACAGAAAAAAAAAGGCAGGAAGAUACUAAGCCAAAAUUUUAGUAAUAGCUGUAUCUAGGCAAUGAAAUAAUUUUCAAUGAAAAUUUAUUGAGCACCUCCUGUGUACUAGCCAUCAUCCAACUACAUAGGAGAUAAAGCAGUGAACAAAGUAUUCUCGUGGAGCCUGAAUGCUGUUUUCCUUUUUCUAAAUGUUCCCACCAAGAGCAUACAUUAUGCAUACAUUAUACAUAUCAUACUUACUUGCUUAAUGUAUGUUGUAUGUACAUAUGUAAAUACAUACUGUUAUUUCAGAGCACUCUGAAGGUCAGGCAAAAACUAUUCAUCUUUUCUUGUUCUGGUCAACUAGGGUGGGUAGCAGCCGCAAAAUGAUUUUUGACAAACAUCCUGAAACCUCCCAAUAUUGCAGUAGAGCAAUGGAAUUAUGCAAUAAAGUGAUUUUUUACAUCAGUUAAUAAGGCUUUCUGGUUUUGUUUUACUACUAUGGUCCCAGUACUACUGUUCCACACGUUAAAGGAAAGAACAGAUGAAGGAAAGGAGCCCAAUGAUACCAGUAAACAGGGCAGGCAUCAAGUAGAAGCUUCACAUACCUGUCCCCACCUUCUGAAGCCCUCCCCUGCUGCAAGGAGCAGACAGUUCCCCUAAGGCCUCUGCUUUGGUGAAAAGGGGUCUGCGGUAAGAUCAAACCCUUAGCAAAUCUCCACAACAGGGAGGUGGGGGUGGGGCUAUAAGAACACAAGGAGCACCACUACCUUUUCCUAGCAGCUUCUGUAAGGACAAGAAGAAAACUUUAUCUUCCUUUAGCCUAGUGUUAUAACUUUUAGGAUGUGGGACACAGGGAACCCUGGGUCCUCAACAAAUGCCAAAACAUUAGUAAGGGUUCCCAUACCUGAAACCUCAUUCCUUAGCAAACUGCUCAGGCCGAGAAAGUUAUGGUGCAAAACCAGUAGGAAGAGAACAACAACCAGGACCAGGACGAUGAUGUUUACUGAAACAAAGAGGAAAAGCCUGCAUUACAUCUCUUUACCUUUUGAGCAGCUAUAAAAACAAGAAAAUUUGUAGAAAGAGCAUACCUUUACGGAAUGACAUCUUUCUCUUCUGUCUUAUAUAAAUAUUAGUUUUUAACCCUACAAAACAAAAACAAGCCCCCAAAGUCAGCAGGUACAUGAGAAUGGCCAUCGAAAUGCCUCAGCAUUUUAUUUAGGUGGAAACAAGAAAUGCAUACAAGUAUUUUCUGCCAGAAGCUCAUUCUGAAUUAAUAGUCUCCAAGAACCCAAUUUGGGAUCUGAAUUUUAUAUAGUUGUCAUGAUAAUAAAAUACUUGCAAAUAACCUGGGAGAAAUAGAUAGCCUUGUAUGUUAAAUGUCACCAGAUGAAAAGCAAAAUAAAUUCUACCAAGAGGACUACUUGAGGUCUAACCACUAUGGAAAUGUUCUCCAGGUGAAAUUUCUAGUUAAAUUAGACAUGGACUCUGUUGUCUAUAGCCUGAGGUCGGCCUCACUGGCACAAAACGUCCCUGUUCUGAGUUGUAUCCCAUUCAGCUUUAACUGGAAUUAAAGAGAAAAAAUUUUCCAACUUCAUUUAAAACAAAAUUUCAUUUAAAGAGAAAUUCAUUUAAAGAAACAUAAUUACAAAAAUGCACAAAACCCAAUUUUGCCGUCAAAAUUUGAGACUGCUGUUCUCAAAAAUUAAAAAUCCCCUAAAAGAAAAAUGAGCUUCUUUCCAGGGUUUCAUUUCUGUUGGUUAACUACUCAUCUCUUCCUAAAGUGGUGUCCAAUACUGUCACUCUGCCUGUGGCUUGUGCUCCUCAGCUCAUCUGAUGCCUUCACUUAAAAAAAGAUUAAUAGCCUGGCUGGCUCUGUCAGAAGAGCAUGGGGUUGUGAGUUCAAGCCCUGCAAUGAGUGUAAAGAUUACUUAAAAAAUAAAUAAAAAAGAAAACUGUAAAAUAAUAAUAAUGAUCAUUCAAUGAAAAUGAGAUUGUGUGUGGAACAAAAUUAAAUGAUGAGAUUUCUACAACAAUCUCUGGGUAACGUUUCCUUAUAAAAACAGGUUUAUGCAACCAGGGUAUUAUAAUCCUACCUUUGAGACAUUUACCAUUUUCUACCUCAUCUUCCCCCUUGGAAGCAUCUAACAUUUACAUAAGGCUACUAACUUCACAACGCACCCUGAAUUAUAGCAUAUUUCUACAUCAAAGUAGUGGUGCCUGGGUGGCUCAAUUGGUUAAGCAUCUGACUUCAGCUCAGGUCAUGAUCUUACAGCUCAUGGGGGUUCAAGCCCCAUGUCGGGCUCUGUGCUGACAGCUCAGAGCCUGGAUCCUGCUUUGGAUUCUGUGUCUCCCUCUCUCUCUGCCCCUCCUCCACUUGCACUCUGUCUCUCAAAAAUGAAUAAACAUUAAAAA